CGCAUCAGAUGAAGGGCUGAAGGUGCAAUGGUGUCCCGAAAACAAUCUUGCUAUGUGACCGGCCCAGGGCCAAGCGCAGGUUGAUGAAAUACUCUUUGGUAAAGAAAUUGGCAAAUUCUGAAAGAGGUACAUCAUCUUAGCUUCGGUGGGGAAACUGCCAGACUGAAUGCCCCCUCUGCCUUAUUCCAUUUGCAUAUUUUUUUCUUUCUAAAAUUAGAAAACAAUACGUGGAGUUAAAUGUGACUUGCUUCCUUUUUCUUUGCAAGUGGUGGCUCACUGGAUUUUCUGUAAUGGAGUCUGUAGAUACUGAGUCAAAUUACAGCUACAUAGGAAGCUUUGUUCAGCCUCCACAUAAAAUAUCCAUUCCAUUUGCUGAGUUGUGGCCGAAGAAGACAACAGCUGUUGCAGCAGACACUCCUGCACCAAAUAGUCAAGCUCUAGUGUCAGCUCUGAAAAGUCUUCAAGAAAAGAUCCACCGCCUUGAGCUGGAGAGGUCACAGGCUGAAGCUGACCUGAAUUGCCUGUCCAGAGAAGCUGCCCUGUAUAAAAAAACUUUGCAGCAUGAAUCAAAUGAGGAGGAGACGGCUCACCAGGAACUGAUGCAAGAGAGGAAAGAUGUGAGUGUUCAGUUAAGCGCAGCUCAGUCUCGCUGUUCUUUGCUGGAGAAACAGCUCGAUUACAUGAGGAAAAUGAUGAUCGAUGCGGAGCUAGAAAAGAAAUUGGUUCUGGAGCAGCAGACCCAUCUCCAGAAGGAAAAAGAUCAGAAUCAAAUAGAGAUAUGUGCAAAACUUGACAAGCUUGAAAUUCUGGAACAAGAGUGUCGCCGACUUACUGGCACUCAGAAAGGUGCAGAAGAAAAGAUCAAACGCCUGGAGGCAAAGCUUCAGGAAGAACAACAUCAUCGUAAGCUGAUACAAGACAAAGCAGCUCAGCUCCAAACGGGACUGGAGAUGAACAGAAUUUUAAUGCAUUCUCUUUCACCUCAAAAAGAAGAAAAAAAGAAAAGCCAAAAGAAAAAAGCAGUAAAGAAAAAUCCUAGUUUGAGGAAAGAAUGCAGCUCACAACCAUACCUGCCAGCUGGAGCGCUACCUUUUGUUGCUGGGAAGUCUGCCAGCUCAAGUCAUUCUGUUGCUGCAAAUGUUCAAAGUGUCUUGCAUAUGAUGAAAAGUCGUGGUCGGUAUGUAAUUCCACAAGACCAGGAAGCAGCUGAAAAGAAUCCAUCUAGAUGGACUGGUGUGUGCAGAUCUGGAUCUGCUUAUUCUGCAUCUUCUUCUGCUACUGACAAUCUGACAGAACUUCUUUUGCUCAUGCAGGACGAGCUGGGACAAAUGAGCUUUGAACAUCAGGAUCUGCUGAAGCAGAUACAAGAAACUAAAAGCUAUGAAGUUCGGGAAGACCUGGAACGUGAACUGGAGUGUUUGGUGAAGCAGAUGGAAAUCAAAGGAGAGCAGAUCACCAAGCUGAAAAGACACCAGGACAGUAUUUAUAAACUGAAGCAAAAGGCUCAAAAGCUGAAAAGAAAACCCGCUAAUGUUACAUCAAAGCCUGAUUACUGCAGAGAAACUCAAGAGGCCACAGACCCUCCAAGAAGCAGUGUGUAUGGCACUUGCUCUGUGAAUAAGACUACAAAUUCUCUCCAGCUGUUAAAAAGUGCUCAGAAAAUUCAGUCAGUAUUGAAGAAGGAUGACAUCCUAUGGGAACCGUAGAUCUCAAAAUUAGUUUCAUAAAUCACUAUACAUCAGGAACUGGAUUGAGUAGAUCUUUGGUACCUGAUGUAUGCAUAUCCAAAAUUCUGAGAUUUAGAUCUGGGGAACCAAACUUCUGUAUUUCUAUAUUUUUUAAAAAGAUAUUUGUAAUUUGGUUUUAAUAAAGUGUACAUUCCUUUUUUAA